AACACCUGGCCAUGGUGUUUGCAUUGCCAAGGCUUUUAAUAUUUCCCUACAUGAUGCACAGUCACCAGUUUUACAGCUGCAAUGGCAACCCACAAAAGGGAAGAAGGGAAGAGAAUAUUUGGCCUUUCUUGGCAUUUUCAUUAUAAAUAAGAGAUCUGAGGAGACCGACUUUCCCAAACUCACAGGACAGAGAGGUUUCCCCUUUAAAAAAACCAGCAAAAGCUAUUGUGCAAAGGGACAACCCAAACCUUGGCAGACAGCGGUACUGCAGUAGUAGGACAUACGAUAGAUACAGCUGACAAGAGAGAGCCAUUUUUUUAAGUCGUGCAUUCACACGCAUUUUGGGGAAAAGGGAUUUCUCUGCUAAAAUGCAUUGUUCGCUCCCAAGGACACCCUUCUGCACUUCCUCGCUACGGGUGUACGUCCAGAUCCGAGCGUCGCGCUGUUCUCGGCCUUAUGUUACGUGUCCAUGCUUGUCCCCAGACAGCGCCAGAGCCCUGCCCGGCGUGUGCAGACACAUACGGGGAGCUCCCAGGCGCUGGGACAGGCGAGGCCAAGGGCGCGGAGCGACGGAGCCGGGCGAGCGGAGCCGAGGCUCGCGGUGUGUGAAGGCUGGCUCGGAGUGCAGAGGGCUGUGGGAAUUGCCGGUGAAAGAUCCUGUUUGUUCUGACCAAAGUGGCUGUGGCUGCCAGGGGAGAGACCCCUCUGGUGGGGUCUCGGUUCUAGAAAAGCCUUUACGUGCCUCUCGCAGGUCGGCUGCCGGCAUCAGAGGAAGGAGAACACAGUAUUUUGGCUGAAGGGCUCAACUUCAAGACUUCACUUUGUUCCUCACAACUUGGAGGGAUAUGAAGCCAAUUGGAAAAGUGCUUUGUGCCACAGGGGUCGUAGCUGGGCUCAUAGCUUUCUUCUGGAAAGACGAUUUUAAUCCAGAGAGCUUGUCUGGUGCCCGUGUUGUCGUGACUGGAGCCAGUGCUGGGAUUGGAGAGCAGAUAGCAUAUCACUAUGCCAGAUUUGGUGCUGAAAUUGUGUUGACUGCCAGGAGGGAAGCUGUGCUGCAGAAGGUGAUGGAGAAAUGCCUGACACUUGGAGCAAAGAAAAUAUUUUAUAUCCCUGCAGAUAUGUCUUCCCCUUCAGAGCCUGAAAAGGUGAUUCAGUUUGCUGUCCAAAAGCUGGGGGGCCUGGAUUACCUGGUGUUGAACCACAUUGGCACAAACCGUUUCCAGAAGUGGACUGGAGAUGUGGAAUACACCCGCUGGCUCAUGCAGGUGAAUUUUUUGAGUUAUGUGGCACUUGCAACAGCAGCUCUUCCCACCCUGGAGAAGAACAGAGGCGCUCUGGUGGUUGUUUCUUCCCUCACAGGGAAAAUGCCCACUCCCUUCACCACUUCUUACUCUGCCACCAAGUUUGCACUGGAUGGAUUCUUUGGCUCGCUGCGCCAUGAGCUCAUCAUGCAGAAGAGAAAUGUCUCUGUCACAUUGUGCAUCCUGGGCCUGAUUGCUACUGAUUCAGCACUGGAGAAUAUCAGGGGCAAAGUGCACCUCAGUGCCUCUCCUGCUCCCGAGGCCGCGCUCGCCAUUGUCCGGGGAGGAGCCGCUCGGGCGCACGAGGUUUUCUACCCGGGGUGGCUGCAGCAGCUCUGCUGCCUCUGGGCUUUGUUCCCCAGCAGCAGCAACCAGGUGCUACGGACUUUCUACAACUACAGCAGUCCUUAAUGCCCAGUCCCCUCUCCCAUCCUCUAUCCCUUCUAAUCACAUUCCUGCCAUCCCACUAAGCAUCCCACCCAACCACUGGUGUCAAGCAGGAGCAGGGCAGCAGUGGUGGCAAGGUGCCCUUUUCCUAACAUGACUCGUGGUCUCUCAUCCUGCUUCAGCCAUGGUUCUGUUGCUGCUACCCUUCAGAGAUCUUUCCCCCUCUUCACUCUGUCUUAGCCCUGCUCCCAUCUCCCCUCCUCCUUCAGCCUCACCUGCUUUUACUGCAUCCAGCCUCCUCUCAGCCCCAGCUUUAACUCCUGUCUGUCUGUACAGGAUGUCCUAGAAUGUCUGUACAUUCCAGGGACAUCCUGCUCCAUGACUUCACUGGGUUUUUUUGAUUCCAUGAAGUAGAAUUUUAAUCUCUUAUUUUAAUUAAAUUAUUUUUAAUGUGUUGGUA